CGUUCUAUGUAGUUUCGCGCACCGCUCUCAUCUCCAUUCACGUUAACUACAACACAGUAGUAAACAUUCGGAUUUAGCUGCAUUUCCUGGAGUCCAGAUGAAGCUUGGGAACAAGUGAGGCAUGAAAGCUAUCAUAACUUUUAUUAUAGUGUUUGGGUAUUUUCACGUUCUCACUGCCACCGACUGUCAGUGUUCGGAGAGUAUGUUUAGUUGUGGUGAUAGCAAAUGUACAUGCAUUCCAGUAGCUUUGGUGUGCGAUAAAGAUUACGAUUGUGCCAACAAGAAUGACGAGAAACAUUGCAUGUAUUCGACGUGUUCUAGUAACCAAUUCACCUGCACAAACCACAAAUGUAUUCGAAAAACAUGGCAGUGUGAUGGUGAUGAUGACUGUGGGGAUAAAAGCGACGAACUGAACUGCCCUCCCAAGAAAUGCACCGAAGAUGAGUUCCAAUGUGAUGACGGUCACUGUAUAAAGUCUCAAUGGAGAUGUGAUGAUGCCAAAGACUGCAAAGAUGGCUCUGAUGAGCGAUGUUCUGAUGAAUGCAUUAAAAAUGACAUCAAGUGCAAAAAUGGUAACUGCAUUCCUAAAAUUUGGCUGUGUGAUCAGGAAAACGACUGCGGGGAUAACUCAGAUGAGAAAAACUGUGAAUUUAGUAAAGAAAACUGCAAGUCCAAUGAAAUAUUUUGCCCAGGGAAUCGACAUUGUAUAGCAGCCCAUCUGAAAUGUGAUGGUCGGAAUGACUGUGGGGAUUGGGAAGAUGAAAUCAACUGUGGUAAUGCAACCUUGUGCCAUCCUGGAGAAUUCCGUUGUGAGAAUGGUGUUUGUAUCAAUGGAACUUGGAGAUGUGAUGGAGAAUCUGACUGCCAUGAUGAAUCUGAUGAAUUUGACUGUUCAUCACCCAGCUGUACUGGCAAUAAGUUUCAAUGCAAGAAUGGUCAGUGUAUUGAAAUGUCUUGGAAGUGUGAUCGUCAUCCUGAUUGUUCAGAUCACUCCGAUGAAGAAAACUGCGAAAAAGAUUUGAAUCUUUUGGCAGGUAUUGAGAAAUGCAGCAAGAAUUCCUUCCAGUGUACAUCAGGAAAAUGUAUUGGUGCCAAUAAACUUUGCAAUGGACUCUCCGAAUGUAAAGAUGGCUCUGAUGAAAUGCAUUGUAAUUUACCUCCUAGCUGCCGUGAAAAUAAAGGAGGUUGUAGUCACUUGUGUCUACAAACAUCAAGAGGAGCUCGUUGUAGCUGCAACUUUGGUUAUAUAUUACAGAGAGAUGGUAAAACAUGUGAAGAUUUCAAUGAAUGUGAAAUGGUUGGCGCUUGCAGCCAGAUUUGCAUGAAUAUUCCUGGUUCUUAUAAAUGCAGUUGCGCUGCUGGUUACAUUUUGAAACCUGAUGGAAGAGGCUGUAAAGCAACAGGUGGAGAAGUGAGUUUGAUAUUUGCUAAUCGAAUUGACAUCCGGAAAGGAAAUCCUGACAAAGCCGAAUUUACAUACAUUCUAAAUAACCUGGACAAUGCUAUAGCCAUUGACUUCCACUAUGAUAUGGGGCUGCUCUUUUGGUCAGAUGUCACACUUGAUGUCAUUAAACGAGCUUACAUGAAUGGCUCUGAUAUCCAAGAUAUUGUCCAAUAUGGUCUAAAGAAUACAGGUGGAUUGGCUGUAGACUGGAUCCAUAAUAAACUGUUCUGGGCUGAUUCUGGUACUUCUAGAAUUGAAGUCGCUCAAUUAGAUGGUAGUAAUCGAAAAGUUAUCGUAUGGAAAGGAGUUGACAAACCUCGUGGUAUAGUGGCCCAUCCUGGGAAAGGGAUGAUUUUUUGGACUGACUGGGGUAAUUCUCCGAAAAUUGAGAGCUGUGGUAUGGAUGGCCUUGACCGAAAGCUUGUUGCCAACACGUCUCUAAAAUGGCCAAACGGCUUGACUAUUGACUAUGCUGGAGACAAGUUAUAUUGGGCCGAUGCUAAAUACCAUGUCAUAGAGUGCUCUCAGUUAGAUGGUUCAUUCCGACGAACAAUCAUUAGUCAAGGUUUACCACAUCCAUUUGCUUUAACCCUAUUUGAAGAUGAGCUCUACUGGACUGACUGGCAUACGAAGAGUAUUUGGAAAACUAACAAGUUUAAUGGUAAUCGGGCACAACGUGUACGCAAUCACCUUCAUUAUCCAAUGGAUAUUCACACAUUUCACCCACUGAGACAGCCACAAGAAAUAAACAGAUGUGGUCUCAACAACGGAGGAUGCAGUCAUUUGUGUUUACCAAACAAAAAGAGUUACAGAUGCACCUGUCCCACGGGACUUGGUCUUCGCAAGGAUGAGAAGACUUGCCGGGAUCGAAUCGACAAUUUUUUGCUAUUUUCAACAAAAUCUGAUAUCCGCCGGAUCUCAUUUGACACAGCUGAGAUGGUUGAUAUGGUAAUCCCUGUUGGUAACCUACAGAAUGUAGUUGCUGUUGAAUGGGAUUCAAAUGCCAACUCAGUCUUCUGGACUGAUGUCAGUACUGACACAAUUGGCCGUGCUCAAUGGGAUGGAUCUCAAUCAGAGAUUAUUAUUGGCUCCAGUCUCGACAGUCCUGCCGGUUUAGCUAUUGACUGGGUAGGAAAUAAAUUAUACUGGACUGACCAAGGGACCAAUAUUAUUGAAGUAGCAAAUUCAGAUGGCAUGUAUAGGAAGGUUCUAAUCUGGGAGAAACUUGAUAAACCAAGAGAUAUCGUUGUGGAACCAUAUGCACGAUAUUUAUUUUGGACUAACUGGGGACGAGAACCAAAGAUCGAACGUGCUGGAAUGGAUGGUAAUGGACGAACAGUGUUGGUCAGUAGCAACUUGACCCUCCCGAAUGGCCUGUCUGUUGAUGUGAAGACUAACCGAUUAUACUGGACAGAUGCUGGUACACAAACAAUUGAGUCAGCUACCUUAGAUGGUCUUUAUAGAAAGGUCAUCAUUGGUGUUGGAUUACCGCAUCCUUUUGGUUUGGUUGUAUAUGGUGAAUUUAUUUUUUGGACUGACUGGGAUACAAAGAGUGUUCAGAUGGCUAGCAAAUACAACGGCUCCAACCACCAAACACUAAAGAAAGGACUGGAAAGUGUUAUGGAUGUUACGAUAUUCCAUAGAGGAAGACCACAGCUGGAUUCUCCUUGUAAAAACCGGAAUGGUGGUUGUAGUCACUUAUGUUUAUUAGCACCGGGACCUAGAACUCAUACUUGCGCGUGUCCUACGGGAAUCUUAAUGAAAUAUGAUGAAGUAACAUGUGAAAAGGAAAUGAAAAAUUUUUUGGUAUUUGCCCGACGAAAUGAUAUUCGAAAGAUUUCUUUGGAUGUGAAAUAUUUUGCUGAUGUUGUUGUUCCUUUGGGCCAAUUAAAGAAUGCAGUUGCCCUUGAUAUAGAUCCAAUACGAGGUAAAAUUUAUUGGUCUGACACAGUUGUAGAUAAAAUACAGAGAUCAAAUUUGGAUGGAUCCCAAGUUGAAGAUGUUAUUUCUCAUGGACUUGACACGACUGAUGGACUUGCAGUUGAUUAUAUUGGCAAGAAGAUUUACUGGACAGAAAAUGGAAACAACCGGAUUGAAGUUGCAAAUCUUGAUGGCACAAUGCGAAAAGUGCUUUUUUGGCAGGAUCUAGAUUCUCCAAGAGCAAUUGUUAUCCACUAUGAACAGGGCUACAUCUACUGGACAGAUUGGGGAGACCGACCCAGAAUAGAGCGAGCAGAUAUGGAUGGUAAUAACCGGCUCACAAUUAUUUCAAAAGCUCUCAAGUGGCCUAAUGGGCUGACUAUUGAUAAAGAAACUCGAAGACUGAUUUGGAAUGAUGCCACUACAGAAGUAAUAGAAUGUUCUGAUCUCAAUGGGAAAUCACGGCAAAAACUUGUCUCUAAGCUUCUUCACCCUUAUGGACUGACAGUGGCAGGUCCUUUCAUCUACUGGACAGAUUGGCGAACAAGAUCAAUCCACCGAGCUGACAAGAUGACUGGUGAAGGUGCUAUGGUUGUUCGAAGCAACAUUCCUGGACUAAUGGAUCUACGGACUGUUCACAUGGACAGAACUGAAUACCCAAUCAACCGUUGUGGUAAAAAUAAUGGUGGCUGCAGCCAUCUUUGUCUUCCAAAUCCAAAGGGUUUCAGCUGUGCCUGUCCAACGGGAUUGCUACUCACUCAGGAUAAAAAAGCGUGUCAAUCCAUGCCAAGUGUGUAUUUAUUAUUCGCCAGUCGUGGUAGCAUCAGGAGAAUCUCUCUUGACUCAAAUGAUUAUACAGAUGUAUACAUUCCCUUGCCUGAUGUACACAAUGCAAUUGCUUUAGAUUUCGACAUCCAAGAUAGUAAAAUUUAUUACACUGAUGUUACUCUUGAUGUAAUCAGGCGAGCUAGUCUGAAUGGAAGUAAUAUGGAGGAAAUUGUACAUAAAGGUUUAUCAACAACCGAUGGUUUAGCUGUUGACUGGGUUGCAAGGAAUGUCUAUUGGACAGACACUGGUCGAGAUGUGCUUGAAGUUGCCCGCAUUGAUGGGUCAAGUAGACGUGUGCUAAUUUCCAAAGACCUGGAUGAACCACGAGCAAUUGCUGUGUUCCCAAAGAAAGGGUUGAUGUUCUGGACUGACUGGGGGAAAGUUCCCAAAAUAGAACGUGCCUUCUUAGAUGGAACCAGCCGCAAAGCUAUUGUAACAGCAAACCUUGGUUAUCCAAACGGAUUAUCCAUUGAUUAUGCUGCUAAAACCCUGUAUUGGGUUGAUGCAAAGCUUGACAAAAUCGAGCGGUCUGAUUUGAAUGGUGAACACAGAAUGGAAAUAAUUAAGCAAAUCCCUCAUCCUUUUGGUCUGUCAGUGUUUGAAAAUUAUAUCUACUGGACUGAUUGGAGAACAAAAUCGAUUCACAGAGCCAGCAAAAAAACAGGACUCGACAGAAUUGUUAUUCAGAACAACAUGGAAGGGCUAAUGGCAAUCAGUGUUGUAUCUCCCCUUCGGCAGACAGAUAUCUGA